AUGGAUAAUAUUUUAAAUAAUAGUUAAAAUUUUAAUCAGAUACUUUGCUAAAAGCAUGAAUUGCCAUGCUUAUAUUUAAAAGCUGAUAGUGAUAACUCUGAUCAUAUCUAUGCUUGCUCUAAUUGUAUUUAUUCUUAUAAUAAUUUUAGAAAAUAUCUUUCUUUGCAAGAUAUAAAAGAUAAAUUAGACAAUACAGUCUUAAUGAAUUGGCCACUUUUAGAUGAAUACGAAUUAACAAAACAAAUAUAGUUGUUUUCUUAGUAUUAAGGAGAUUAAAAGUCAAUUUAAAAAAAUAUUACUAAGUUUUUUGAAGAUUUAUAAAAUGAAAUAGAACAAGCAUUACAAAAAUAAAAGAAGAAUAUGUUAAUCUAUGCAGACACCAUUUCCGAAAAUACAAACUAGUUAUUUGAUUAUUAUCGAGAAAUAGCUUAAUUUGAUGCUCUAAAAAAUAUUAUUGAUUCAAAUACAUAAAAAUAAUAAAAAGCUGAUCAAAUUUUAUAAAUAUUUAAGAUAAACAAAUCGAAUUAAGAAAAGUAUAAAAAUAAAAUUAAAUAAGAAUUAUCUCAAUUAAAUUAAUAUUAAACCAUUGAUUUAAAUGCACUGAAAUAUUUUAAAAAUUCUAUUUUAUCCUAAAUCGAGCUAAUUGAUUAAAAUGAAAAUUUAGAUACUCUUCUCAGCCUUAUAGCAAACAAAACUAACAAUUGUAAUGAAAGUUAUCUUAAAUCUGUUUAGUCUGAACUACUAAAAAUUUAAGAUUUAAUAAAUAACUUAAAUAUUGACAAGGAUGUUUUUUUGUAAGGGAAGAAAUAAAUUCAAAUAGAAAAAUUAAGCUAAGAUCAAAUUGAAUGCAUAGAAACACUUGUAAACAAAACUGUAGAUCUAAAUGAAUAAUACUAAUAAUUGAAAGAAGAAAAAGAUAAUAAUAUGAUCAUCUCUUCAAAAUUACAACCUUCCUCCUACCUAAUUUAAAAUUAGUUAUUCAAGCUAGAUAAUUUAUUGACAAAAUAGAAAUUAGAAAAUAUCUCUAAGCUACUGAGAAGCUAUGAUAAUGAAGGCAACUAAAAAUUUGAAAUUGUUAAAGGAGAUUUUUUUAUUUUUAACAUGAAAAUAAAAUAGGAUUGUUUGUAUAGAAUAGUUAUUAAUCUUGAAUUCAAAGAUUCAAACAAAUUUUUAUUUAUUGGUUUAGUUAGUAAAUCUCACAAAGAUUAGGUAUAUAUUCAUGAUAAAAGCAUUAUUAAUAGUUAUACAAUAAGUAAUCAAGGUGAUCGUGGAGUUAGCAAAGUAAUAAAAGGGAAAUGCUUGAGAGAUGUGAAAUAUCCAGAAGAAUAUAAUUAGAUAGAAAUAAGAUUUUGUGUAAAAAAUAAAAUGUUCUAAGUGAGUGAUUAUCCUAAAAGAGAAAAUAUUAAUGAAAUAAAUGAUGAUAAGUUAAAUUUAAUAGACCUAAACUAAGAAUAUUAUUUAGGAUUUGAAUUAUAUUAUGACAAAGACUGUUUAACUAUAUUAGAGUGUGAAGAGCUAUAAUAUUAAAAUUGA